UCACCUUACGUAAAUACCCAGUGAGAAAUGAGAUUCGACGUCGAAACGAGGUCGAAAUCGUCAGAUCAACGUCUUUUCGACGUUGAUCGAUGAGUCAUUUCUUACUGGGUAUACGCUCCUUAUUUACUAAUUAAGUGAGUAUAUUCUCAAAUAUAUUCUCAAAUUGAUGGGAAAAAGUGGAAAAAAGGCCAAGAUUGCACGAAACUGCAGAAAGUAUAGAUCGACCGAUCGGACGGAACUCGACCAGUCCCCGCGCUCGACGAAAACGCUACUUAAUUAAGAUUCGAAAUAUUGAAAUUUCCGGCGGCCAUUACAGUCAACGUAUCGAUACACAUACGUCGUAGUGCGUCGCUCCCCGGCUCGAGUCGUAAUAACACGGCAGCAGGAAAGCGCACGAUGUGCGAGACUACCAAAACAGUGGGCAAAAAGCGCUACGUCAUCAUCUACAAUCGCGAGCCGCUGUCGCUGCCGGUCGGGAGAUCAUAUCAACACACCGAAACAUUCCAGACCCUCACAGCGGUCAAACUCACUUUCGGGCGUUGCCUGUUUUUCCGAGUGUUUCCAUUCCGUGUCGGGACGACGAGCGAUGCGUACGCCGCCGAGUACGUGUAUUGGAUCGUAUCCGCGUGCGAGUGUCAGUGUAGCGUCAAUGUUGCGAGUGAUUGUCCGAAGUGUCACGAUGAAGCAGCUGGGAAUGAGAUGUUGGAUCAAAGAAGCAGGACACCGGGACGCGAUCAGCGAUACGUUAUAUAUCUUCAGCUCUCGUCGAGAACGGCACAGCGGAAGAAGAGAAAGAAAGAGAGAGAGAGAGGAGGAGAGAGACCGGAACAUUUAAUGGGAGCAUGAUUCGCAGACGGAGAGGACGAUCCGGUUCGGACUGUGUCGCCUACGCGAGGUAUCGCGCUAUGUACUCUCCGGAUAAGCCUUUGUGCGAGCCAACAGCCAGGGUGUUCAUUUUUGUUGCGUGCGCAAAAACAACGAAAAACGAUUUAGCGGACGGGCGAGUAGAGAGCUCUUACCAGAGCGCGCUCUCGGCGAAGGAGAUCGUUUGUGACGCUCCGCGCGUUUUUGUCUCAUCGCGAUUGAAGCGAGAAAGGAAGGGUGAGUCGGGUAAGGAGAGAAAGAGGGGGAAGGGAGAGAGUUUUCUGGGCAGAUGGCGCGCGUCGUUUUUGCAUAGCGGAAAAAUGUUUGGAGGAACUUCAUUAUCGCGGCAGAGAUUACAACGCUUUUAGUCGGCGACGCGACGCUAUUUGCCGUCCCGAGCUGUCCUCCCGGCUGUUAAUCCGGCGAUGACCGCGUCUGAUUACUGCGCGAGUUUUUUAGAGCGACGCGCUAUGCCGUUGACGCGGUGAUUUGUCAUUUUCACUCGCGAAUCAUCCGCUUUGUCAGAAAGUAAAAUUGUUAAUCAAGAAGGACGACCGGUCGACGCACUCUGACUGAGAGCUCGAGAG